AUGGGUCUCGCAUUCACGAAGAUAUGGCAGCGAAUGAUCGGAAAGCAGGAGAUGCGGAUUUUGAUGGUUGGCUUAGACGCAGCCGGUAAGACCACCAUUCUCUACAAGCUGAAGUUAGGCGAGGUUGUCACCACCAUCCCUACGAUCGGCUUCAAUGUGGAGACAGUGGAGUACAAGAACUUGUCAUUCACAGUGUGGGACGUUGGUGGCCAGGACAAGAUUCGCCCCCUGUGGCGCCACUAUUACCAAGGGACGAAUGGCUUGAUCUACGUGGUUGACAGCAACGACCGGGAUCGCAUUGAAGACGCCCGCGAGGAGCUCAACAAAAUGUUGAAUGAAGACGAGAUGCGUGACGCAGUGCUCCUGGUCUUUGCAAACAAGCAGGACCUGCCGAAUGCCAUGACCGCAGCAGAAGUCACCGAGAAGCUCGGUCUGCACAACCUGCGACAUCGCCAGUGGUUCAUUCAGUCCGCCUGCGCUACCACGGGAGACGGCUUGUACGAGGGUCUCGACUGGCUCUCGAGGUGGGCCGAGCCCAAGGCAGAGGAGCUCCGAAAGGCGAUGCUCGAGGUCGUGGCAGGUGGCUCUGAGGUCGAGGAUCGCACCGCCCGCGCCUGCCAGGAGGUGCACGAUCACUACACCAUCGACUUGCUGGCCGCGGAAGCGAUAAAACUCUUCGAGUCCUUGAUACCGGGCGUGGCCGAAGGCCUGCUUACCAGUUGUGAAAUACGCAUCGAUGAGCGUCCACACUCGGGAAACCGCUGCAUGUACACGCUCGAUGCCAUUGCCCAUGUAGACGCUAGAUUCAACAAGCCGCUCGAGACGCACAUCAGUGGCAGCCAGCUCAUGGAGUGCUUCAACGGCCUCUUCGCGAAGCGGCCAAAGCUCGUUCAGCUGCCUGUGACUCCGGGCAAGGUGCCCAUCUUUGUCAUGCUGCAGCUAGAUUGGCUUUCCGACGACGGCCAGGCGCUGCGGUACAAGGAGGAUCUCAAGCGCCAGUUGACGGCCGCCAAGACGGCCGGGAUCAAGGGCGUGAUGGCCGACGUGUGGUGGGGCCUUUGUGAGCCAAAGCCAGAGGACUACCACUUCGGCGGUGCCCUGGAGCUCUGCAAUCUUUUGAAGUCCCUGGGGCUGGAGCUCCAGGCAGUGAUGUCCUUCCACCAGUGCGGUGGCAACGUGGGCGACUCCGUCAGCUUCCCUCUUCCGGACUGGUGCCUGAACAAGGCCAAGAGUGGAGGCUUCCUCUACAAGAGCAAGUGGGGCGUAACUUCCGAAGACUGCCUCUCCUUGUCCGCGGAUCGGCAGCAGAUUUUUCCGACCGCAGCAGGGGGCACGCGAACCGCACUUCAGUGUUACCAGGACUUCAUGGCCGCGUUUCUCAAAGCCAUGGGCAACCAUGUUGGGUCCACCAUCUGUGAGCUUCAGGUUGGUAUGGGCCCUUGCGGCGAGCUGCGCUACCCAUCCUACCUGAUGUCGAACGGCUGGAACUGGCCAGGUGUGGGUAUUGCCAUGACCUACGACAAGGGCAUGCUGCAGAUGCUCAAGGAACAGAGCCUGUUGUGA